AAAGCCUGGCAGAGGAAGUCAGGGGGAGGAGAAAGAACGUUCCAGAGCUCCACAAGCUGCAAGUGGGCUCAGAGAGAGGAGCUGCACAAGAAGAAGCUGGCCUUUGGAACAGGCUGGUACAGGGAAGGCAGACCCUGUACCUGGAGAGACAGAGAUCCUGUGAGGAGUCCUGACUGGAGGAACAAACACCUGCAGGGGAAUCCCAUCUGAGUAGCUAAAGGGGCUAGUAGUCGCACUGAAGGUUCUGUGUGAAUCGCCCAGAGAGAUCCCUGGAACAUUACAACUGGUCCAUCAGUAUAUGUAUGCUGCCAUAGAACCACCUCCACUCCAGAUUCUAAAAUGAAGAGAUAUGCAGGCCAUUUUUACCCCAGAUUAGGCAAGGUUACAGUUGCCUUAUUCAUUCUCUGUUCCAUGUCUGAAGGAUCCCGUUCAGUCAGGUUUCAAGUCUCAUCUACACCAUCAGUAUCUGUGGCACUUGGGUCAGAUGUGCUGUUACCUUGUCGUAUGACCCCCGAGAUGAACGCAGAGAAGAUGGAAAUUUGUUGGUUUAAGACUAUAUUUGAGCACUAUGUUCAUCUUUAUAUUAAUGGGAAAGACGAUUACACAGCCCAGAUGCCACAGUUUGCUAACAGAACAGAACUGCUAAAAGAGAACAUCACUAGAGGAAUUUUCCCUUUGAUGAUCCGUAACGUCACAGCUCAGGAUUCUGGGAUUUAUGAUUGCUUUGUUGAAUCCACUAAGCAUCAUAACAGUGCAGCAGUAGAACUACUGGUUAAUGCUGUUGGAUCUCUCCCUGUCAUUUCCACAAUUGCUGACGACACUGUGUUUUGUGAGUCCCACGGCUGGUACCCAGAACCGUAUUUGAUUUGGACAGAUAAUGAGGGGAACAAAGUAAUCCCAGCAAUGGAAAACACGUUCAGAGAUGAAAAUAAUUUGUAUCAUAUCAUCAGUGAUAUUCCUAAACCGACGACUUCAAAAAUCACUUGCACUGUCUCCAAUUCUCUAAAUCAGAGCAAGCAAAGCUCCAGGCAGAUCAGAGAUACUGGAUUCCCAGAAACAAGUCAUACGUCUAUUAUUUUAAUUUGCAUCAUUUCUUUAUGCUGCUGUUUGGUUUUUGCUAUGGCAUUUUUCAUCCGUUGCAAGAUUUAUAAAAGGACUCGGUUAUUUAAUCAUUUUUAUGAGAUGCGUCACAAAAAAAGAACACAAGAAAAAGAGCUCCUCUCUUCCUAAACCAGCAACCUGAUCCAAAUCAGAUUUGAGACAUUGGAAAGCAUUCAAAACAGGAAGAUACAAGCGGCGAUGAUGGGAAACCAGUCUGUAGUUGGGAAUCUGAUCAGCUAUUAUCCUGGCUUCUGCUUUAAUAACCCAGUGGGUGAGCUUUAGCCUAUAGGAUAAACCCAUGUAAAUGGGACUUUUCUAAGAGCCUUAAGGAAUUUGUUCCCAGAAUCCCUUUUGACUUUAUUGGGAAAACACUGAAAUAUCCAGCCUCCCAGCAUUUGCUAAAGCAUUUCUUUGGUCCAAGCAACCAGGAGCAGGCCCAGCACGGAAACAAAAUCUUCCCCCCCCCAGGGGACAAGCCCAGAGACAUAAUUUGCUGCUUGACCUGUUUCCCAGUUAAGCAGCAAGGAAGCAAAAGACUGUCACCUUUGUGAAUGGAGAAGUAGUGCUCCUGCAAGAUUUAUUAUGGUAUAUAUAACAGCAACGGAAACUGCUAAAACCUAAUUGGGGCACUCCAAACUAAGGGACCCAUUUAGUGUCCAAGUGACCAAGGGUGGAAAAACUCAUAGGGGGGAAUUCACAAAAGAGGAGAUAUUGAGACAAAAUAAGAGGCGAUAGAUUUGUUGGAUUUACCAUCUUUUUCACAAACCUCCACUUCUGUGAAUUUGUCUUCUAAACAGAAAGGUUUUAGAUUUUGGGGCAGAUUCACUAAAGGUCGAUAAAACGAGCGCUAUUUAUAGCAUGCAUUAAAAAUGUUAUUACUUCUUA